AUGCAGGGCGCAGGAUUCCCGAUGGCUCUUGCGGUUGUAUUAACGCUGUUAACAGUGAUGGAUGUGAAGGCGAGUGGGGAGUACUGUCACGGCUGGAGGGACCAGCAGGGUGUUUGGCGUGACGGCUUCCAGUGUCCGGAGCGCUACGACGGUGCAGAAGCGAUCAUCUGCUGCGGGAAGUGUGAACUGCGCUACUGCUGCUCCAGUUCUGAAGCCCGCUUGGAUCAGGGCACCUGCGACAACGACAAGCGGGGUCGAGAGGAGACCAACGCGGGACAUGAGGAGGACAAAAACAACGCAGCAGUACCCAUCUACGUGCCCUUCCUGAUCGUGGGCUCUGUCUUCGUGGCGUUCGUUUUGCUUGGCUCGGUGGUCGCUGUGUGCUGCUGUCGUUGCCUCAAACCCAAACAGGAACCCAACACGGGCGGAGGGCGUCUCUUGGAGUCUAUCCCCAUGAUGACCUCAAGGGGCUCUUCAUCCCGUCAGUCCAGUACAGCCACUUCAUCCAGCUCUUCCGUCCCGGCCCCUGCACCUCGAAUUGUGCCAGGCCCCAUUCUGCGCACGCAGGCCUCGUGUUGCUUGCCGCCGGAUGCCAGCGUCUACGUCAACAUGCCUACUAACUUUUCGGUGCUGAACUGCCAACAGGCUACACAGAUCAUGCCCCACCAAGGCCAGUUCCUCCAUCCACAGUACAUCGGGUACGCUCACCCGGUUUCACCAACCCCGGCCUUUCUGGAUCCUACGCAGGGUACGUACAGGCCGCUACAGUCGCCCUACCCACUGCCCACGAGUAUGACUAGUAUGACGAGUGUGACAAGUGUGAGUGGUGAGCAGAAGCUGCCUGUAACUCUGUGA